AUCAUUCAAAAAAAUAAAGCGCGCGCAGGCGCACUUGUGUUUUUUGUUUUGGAAAACAAAAAAAGAAACGUUUAGAAAAUGUAAAUCAAUAUAAAGGCAUAAAUUAUUUUUUUUUAAGAAACUUAAACAGAAAAAAAAGUUAAAACAAAAAAUCAAACACGAUUAUUGGUUUAGUGAAAACUUAACAAAAAAAAAAAUAAAAAAGAAACCAAACAAGCAGUAAUUUGUAAAAAAAACAAAGAAAUAAAAGAAUAUAAGAAAAACGUGAUUUUUAGAAUAUUUUGCAAUUUGCAAAUUGUGUCCUCGAGCCAAUCAUUGUUGCAUGGGAGACAACAUUUUUGCACAUGACAAUUUUGUAGAAAAAAAUAUUUUCAAAAAAAUAAAUAACAAAUCCCAAUCAUCAAAUCAUUGUCAUCAGCAGCAGCAGCAGCAGAGGGCAAAAGAGGUUACCCACAACUAGCAGACAACGUUUUCAUGAUUUCUGUUUAUUUGUGCCAAAAAAGCAAAGCCUAAAGACCUACGUUUAUAGCAAAUUGUUUGAAUUAAACAUUAAAACGUUUCGUUUUGUUUGCUCUUACACUUUAAACGAUAUGCAAUUUUGAUUUGAGAACUCCAAAGUGCCUUAAAAGGCAGCACAUCUUCAAAGGCAGCACAUUGCCCAAAAAGUGCCUAUGUUUUUCAAGCCUGAAUUGUGAAUGGGGUUCUGUGCAUGUAAAUCGCAGCUAAAAACACAAAAAACAAAACAUUCAGACGAGUCAAUCAUUUUUAAAGGGGGGGGGAAAAAAAUCGGAGCAUCUUUAUACCCCUUUGAGCUAGAGUUGCAGCAAUUUUUGUUGGCGUAUUUUUUUAAACCUUCAUUCACUCCAUCUAUCCUACAAUUUGGCCAUAAGCAAAUUAACCAGGGCAAUACAUUACUGCCAUCCACGGAUGAUCAUUAGUGAAGGUAGACAAAAACAAAACGCUAAACAAACAAUCACUUUGCUGCCAAGAUUCAUUAAUUUGCAUGCAAUACAAAAUUAUUCCAUCAACAUCGCUAAGCGCCACCAGACGACAGACCUCCAAUGGUACAACAUCACUGUCACCAUCUGCAGCUACCACCAACGAACGGUCAACCCCUCAAAUAAGCUUUGAUUUUUAGUUUGCACACUAGCUUGAGAGUCAUCAACGUGUUCAGCAUCCUCAUCACUUGGACUUGAUCAUCAUUUGAAAUUGGAAUCCAAUUGAAUGCAUAGCCAUUGUGUGUGUGUUUAUAUAUUUUUUUUAUGGCUCUUAUGCUACUCCAACAAAUGUCAUGUGUGAUUUGUAAGAAAUAAAAACAAACAAAAAAAGUGCAACGCAAAACAACAAUUCUUGCCAUAUUAAAAAUAAAAUAAUUUGUUUGCUAAAUCAUUGCACCAAGUGACAAAAACUCAUUGGAAAAUCUCGCCACCACACAACACCAAUAAGCAGCAAAUAUUUCAAAAAUGCCAUCGUCUCAUUUUAAAUUGUUGCUGAUGGUCGCCUAUGCGCUGGCCUUGGUACAUGGAGCCUCAUUGGAUCGCAAUCCAAGAAAACGUCAAAUAUAUCGUGAACAAGUCCUGCCCCAUGCUGGAGGACGAAUACCCGAUACAGCCUUUGAGACAGAUCGUCUAUUUCUGAAUCAGCUACAAAAGGAUGGUAUUGCAGUACCAGAUGGUAUACUUCCCGAACAACGUAAUCCACAGGUUUAUCCCUUUUUCAAUAGGCCCUCGCGUAAGGUCUUCCGCAUUGCCUUGAGUUCCGAUGGUCGCUAUACACCACAGGAGGGUCGUUAUCAAUACCAACAAUUGCCAUCGAUAGACACCACUUAUUUGUUUCCCCAGGUUCAUGGCCAGAGAAGCAAUAGUGGUCAGCAAAGUGUAACACUGCCCGUCUAUAGUCCCUUCCGUAUUCAUAAUCCUCUGCUGAAUCAAUUGAAACUACAGCCCAAGGAUAAAGCACAAUUUCAAAAUGUACUACCUUCCGGUGGGGGUAAAACUUUGAAUAAGGCCAAAUCUUAUCAGAACUUUAAUAUCUUGAAUUCUCCUCUAACACCAGUAUAUGGCAAAGAUUUACCGAGUGGGGUGAGUGGCGGCGCAGCCUCUAAAAAUUAUUUGCCUGAUUUGCCGUAUUCAAGUCAAAGUCAUCUUUUCAACAACUUUGAUGAUUUAUUCAAUCAGUUUGAUAUCUACGAUGGAGAUGCGAAAAAAUCCAAUUCAUAUCCAACAGCAGCGGCUUCAAACAUGCAACGUUCCAAUCAUCAUCAUGUUCACAUAAUGCCCACUCGACGGAAACUGCCGCGAAAGAAAAGGAGAGAGGAGAAACGUCUCUUCCAAAGGAAGAAGAACGAAAUGGAAAAACCAUUGCAAAUGCGUUCAAAGUCUACGAGAUACCAUUGGGGCAAACAGUUGAAUAUUUCAAGUCUAACAGCACAGAAGCCAAAAAGUUUAACCAACCUCACAGCCGUGAUGUUUUCUUUACGUUUGCUUGCAACCAUUUGCCUAUCGUUGAUUUCGGCCUAUUUCGUCUAUGGCGUUCAAGUUCAGACCUUUGGACAUCUCUUCCAUCCACCAGCCGGUGAGGAACACCACCACAAAGAGGAAAAACAGGAUUUAAAUAAAAUUCCCGGAGUGCCAGGAGUUGACUAUCCCGUCUAUCAUGAGGUUCCCCAUACCUCAUUCUCUUGUGCCCAUGUCCCGGCAGUGCCUGGCAUGUAUGCCAAUCUCGAGACUGGUUGUCAGGCCUAUCAUGUCUGCCAUGACGGACGCGAAGGUCAUCAGGGUGCUUCCUUCCUAUGCACAAAUGGCACCAUAUUUAAUCAAAAGGAGUUCGCCUGUGACUGGUGGUACAAUGUCAAGUGUGAGGAAGCAGCCAACUAUUAUCAUUUAAAUGCCGAUCCUGAACAUAAUCCCUACACACCCAAAAAGAAAUUAAUUGAAGAGGAACAUUUGGCCCCCCUCGAUCCUCAUGGUCAUGGUAAUGGAUUUUUAAUACACGCCUAAGUGUAGCGGCCACCUUAUAGAAGAUUCCAAGAUGAAACAGCUUAAACUGUUUUUUUGUUGACUUUUGGCAUGAAAUCAUUGUAGAA